AUGCUUCCAACUCCCCCACACCACCACCAACUCCUCCACCACCUCCUUCCCCCGCCCAUCCGCCGGCCCCGGCUCCACCACCACCUCCGCCGUCCGCGAGGGUGGCGCGCUCCCGCUGCGCGCCUACGAAGAAGCCUCUCCGUUCUCGCCGGUCGUGCCUAUCACGCCGACGGUGGUGACGAAGGCGGAUCGGAAGAGGAUGAGGAGGAUGGAGCCGAGGACGCCGACUGUGGAGAUGGUGAGGAGUGA